GAGCCAUGUCUGCAACUGUGUAACUGUGGUGCUACCUAUCUUGGCCAGGACACUCUUGGAAAAUAGAUUUUUAAUCUCAAUGAGUUUUUUUACUCCUGGUUAAAUAAAGGUUAAAUAAAUAAAAAAAAUAAAAAAAGGGCAAUAAAAAAAAAAAGUAUAAAAAGAAAAAAUUACAUUAAGCCAAUUUAAAAAAUAAUUUAUAAGAAGUAGUUCGUCAAACUGAAUAAGGGAACAUUAUGAUCAGGAGCGCACUGUUCCUCAUCUACCAAUGUUCACCCCUAGAUGGAGACAAAUAGAUCAUGUCUCAAGCUCUCAUGAAAUGUGAUGGUGUAUUUGAUUAUUCCGCACACCAUCAUUACACUGUAGUCUUGCAUAACAAUCAUGACAGCUAAACGGGUUUAAGACUGCACAACAGACUCAAAAACUACUCUAUGUAAGAUGAACACUGAGGACAAGCUGGAGGGCAUGUUGCUGAAGUGCAGCAGUGGAGGAAUAGAUGGAGGAGGAGGGAGAGUCGGGCUGGGCGGCGGAGGAGGACUGGUGGUGAUGACGCUGGGGGAGCGAUCGCUGGCGAACCACCCUUUGUUGGCCGAGGACGACGACGACGACGACGACGACGAUGAAGACGAAGAUGAGGACUUGACUGGGAGCUCGCUGGUUACACAUGAUCUGGUCCCUCCAGAGCAGCUGCUGAUGAUGCAGGAGGAGAUGACGAAGAAUGGUAGAGGAGGAGAAGAGGAGGGAGGAGGCGAGGUGGGAGUGCAUUUCCCCCUAAAACUCACCAAUAAGUUUCCCUGCUUGCUUCAUAUGCCAUUAAGCAUCAAGCAGGAACUGAAGCUCUCUGAGACACCGGCCCUGAUAAAGAAGGACAAAAAAGGAGCUAAGGACAUGAUGGUGUGUCCCAAGAAGAAAAAAAGGAAGCAGCGUUCACCAGCAAAGAUUCUCAACAUCAAUGAUGAUGGAUCAUUGGGCACCCAAAGCCCCAAGUGUCACGUCUGUGUUCACUGUAAUGCUGCAUUCAGAACCAACUACCAUCUACAGAGGCAUGUCUUCAUUCACACUGGUGAGAAGCCGUUUCAGUGCAGCCAGUGUGAUAUGCGCUUCAUUCAGAAAUAUCUCCUCCAGAGACAUGAGAAGAUCCACACUGGUGAAAAGCCUUUUCGCUGUGAUGAGUGUGGGAUGAGGUUCAUCCAGAAGUACCACAUGGAGAGACACAAGAGAACUCACAGCGGAGAGAAGCCUUACCAGUGUGACUACUGUCACCAGUACUUCUCCAGAACAGACCGGGUUUUAAAGCACAGACGAAUGUGUCACGAGAACAGAGAGAGAAAGACCAACAAGGCAGCUGGUAAAGUUGGGCCUUUGCGUGAAGCAGAUCCUUUGGGCCUCCCCUUUCUUGCCAAAGAGUGUUCGCUGCCCAAGAAAAAGCGUCAAAAGUGUGCAGACAAGAGUUCAGGAGCUUCCACUGCUGCCCAGACUGAAGGGCACACUGUCGCCGUUGUGGAAACGGAGGAGAAGGAGGAGGAGCAGAGACAGAAUAAAAUUGAAGGUCUACCUCUCUAUGCCGUGUCCUCCAAAGUCAAACAUGAGUAUGUGAUUGCAGAUUACUCCGUGGAACUCCCUGAAGAAGCGGCGAGCCAACACCAAGAGGGGGAAGUGUCACCAGAAGACACGACUCCUCCCAAACUAGUCCUGAAGAAAGUCCCCAAGAGGAGUCUCAAACAGUCCAGUGAACAGACUCCUCCCUGCCUGUCCACUUUGUCUUCCUUUGAGGAAAACGCUAAGGUCACACAGUACACCUUUGAAAUCGUGGACAAGCAAGGCCUUUUAGAAGUAGAAAGCAACACUGAGCUCGAGUCAGUUGAAACUCUUCAAGGAGGACCAGCAAAGCCAGCAGCUAGCAGCACAAACUACGACGACGCCAUGCAGUUUCUCAAGAAGAAACGUUAUCUUCAGGCUGCGAUGGCCAACAACAGUCGGGAUUACGGCCUGAACACGAGCAGCAUUUCCUCUCAGCCGCCUGUUACGCAAACCGUGGUGUCAGCCGUCAUCGACGAGACCGUCCCCGCCACCAUUCUGGAGCCCCAGCCCAUCAACGCCGAGAUUAAAGCGACACACGACAAGAGCGUGUUGCCAGACGAGGUUCUUCAGACGCUGUUGGACCAUUACUCCAACAAAGCCAACGGGCAGUCAGACAUUUCCUUCAGCGUGGCCGACACAGAGGUGACCUCUAGCAUAUCCAUCAACUCCUCCGAUGUUUCAGACAGCAGCCCCGUGGAGAGUCUCGGAACCUCCAGCGCCCAGGCUCAGCCGGCUACCGAGAAGGUCAGCCUCUUGCAAGAGUACUCCAAGUUUCUCCAGCAAGCCCUGGAGAGGACCAGCCAGAACGACAGCUACCUGACCAGCCAGAGCCUCAGCCUGGUCUCCGAAAACCCCACCUUAGCUGGACAACCUCUGUUCUCCACCGAGAAACAGUUUCCUUCCCCCAGCAGGUUCAAAUCAGGAAUGAGCUCGCCGCUGAGGUCCACUUUAGACAAACCUACCUUUGGAUUACUGGUCGGGGACUCCCAGCACUCGUUUUCAUUUUCAGGUGACGAGACCACCCCUCCCUCCGCUGUGUCCCCAGCCGAGGAGGACUUUCUGGAGCAGGUCUCGCCCUCCAAAAAGACAGACUCCUCACCAGGCAUCCUGCAGACUUUUCAAAUAAGCUCCUUCGAUCAGAACUUCAAAUCUCAUUUCCAGACGUCAAGAUCGGGAUCCUCAUCACAGUUUACUGUCGCCAACGGACAAUUAAGCCUCCGAGGACACAGCACAGACUUCUCAGAGUUCCCCUUAGUCCGAGUCACCGAGACCAGGUCUCAACUGAACUCCUCCCCUGACGUUUCAUCCGGUGAAACCUUUGGCUGAAGGGAGGGAUGAAGCAUUAAUUUCUGUUAAUAAUUUCAGCGGCACUUUAUCUCAUGUUUCCUGUUUUGCCAAAACGAGUCCCAUUGCAACUGUGUGCUCUUUCUCAAAGCAUUUUGUUUCAUAAAACUUUUUUUUUGUUUGUUUUAAGUGCAACCUCAUAGAAUAGAAAUACUGAACAUAAAUUGAUAAAUCAUAAUUAGCAUUUCCCCUUUAAAACAAAUUGUAAUUGUGCUUGGUAUAUGUCUUGCUCCAGAAUGUACAUUGAGAGAUUAAGCGACCAAAGUUUAACGCAAGAGAUGAAGAGUGAAAUAUUCUCUCACACCAUCGCCACAGAAGUUUGUUUCAUAUUUUAUCAAUCAGUUUGCCUUGCACAAAAAAAGUCACUCUUGCUGCUUAAUGCAAUAUUUCCACUUGUUAAAACAUAGGCCCUAUUUAUAUGUAUGCCUCUUUGCUCUUACUGUAGCUACCUCCCCUCACUCUUUUAUUUAAAUCCACUCCUAGAACCUUUUUAUUCCAGCAGUGUAACUCAUGUUAAAUCGUCUACUGAAAUGACACCCAUGAUUAGAUCAUAACUGAUUCUUCACUUUAUGUUGAAGUCACUUUGCUGUCACCUGAGAUGGGCAUGUGUCCCCAUGAUAUGUGAUUUGAAUGCUACAGCAAAUAUUUAACUGAUUGUAUUCAUCUGAUAUGGAAUUGAAUUUAUUUUCAAUGUACAGAUUGGGCCUAAUUUGGUGUGUGUGAUUGCAAAAAAAAUAUGAAAUUAUAUAGUAGUUCUCAUUCUUAAAUUCAUCAAUGAAUUCCCUUUGUGGCUGAAUUUUUGCCACAGACUUUUGUGACUCUAAUGCAGGAUAGGCAGUGUAAUAAAAAGGCAGCCCCCCCCUCCUGAAAAAAGACUUAAGUAUCAAAUAUCUGCAUUCAUUUAAUGGUUGCCGGGUCAUUUAUUAUUUUCCUCCAGCAGUACAAAGUGAGUUGUAAUGAAAUUACUUAAGAUUGUGCUUAAUUUUUGCACAAUUUGCACAAUGUUUCACUACAGGGAAUGUAGUAUGUACUUUCAGAUUUGGGUUAUUUGAAAUUACACAUGUUGCUUUCGUCACUUAUAAUGCAGCGCUUGCAGCUGCAGUUUUAUAGUACUUUUGAUUGUUGUUCUUCUCGGAAGAUGCACACGUUUUUGGGGAAACAACAAUGUGACUAGACCCCCCUUGUAUUGAUUGAAACUCAAAGUUUUAUUAUAUUAUGAAAGACAGUACACGUGGAAAUGAGGUGCUUGGUUUUUCUUUUCUUUUCUUUUUUUUUUUGCAUCUGUGCCUUUCUUUGUUUUUUAUUCCAGGCUUUUACUCAUUCCUGUAUAUGUAUUUCUGUUGUUUCUUAGUCAGUGCUCUAAGGCUACUAAUUCCACUUGCACAAUAACAACAAACACAUAAGCUAUCAAGCUAUUCAGUCUGUAAUAAGUUGAGAUCUGGGAGCUUUAUUUAAUUUUGCCCAUCAUAUUUUAUUAUUUUAGAGUUUUAGCAAGAUCGCAGAGUUUAAUACUCAAACUAUUCUCUGUGGUUGGAAGGAAAUAGCAUUCUCAUUGACUGUGCUUGAGUGUGUGUGUGUGUAUAUGAAUCAUGUUUCAGAUAUCUGUAGUUUUGAUCACUAUUUCAUAGAAUCCAGUAGUAAAGGCACAUCUGUCCAGGCCUUGUUGAUAAAAUGCGAUUGAGUGAGGUCUCAUCUGUACUUCAUCACACUUGUUUUCCAUGUCUACAUGUAUGUGUGAUGUGCUAUCAUGUAAAACAAUGUUUUUAUAUGCGCCAUCGAAUUAGGUUUGAAAAUUGACUCCCUCUUGUUACAAUUCUACGGACAAUCAGGGACAGACGGCACCCACGUGAAAUCAUCAAAUGCUUUAUUUUUCCUCAUUGAACAUUCCCACUAGAAUGUAUAGAAAAUAUCCUGCUGUAAAUACGUUGUAUAUUUUUACGUUCUUCUGAGAAGUACUGUUAGAUCUUUGUGUCGAUAGAGAGACCAGGCUUGUGCAAGAGACACUUUUUGUCAGUGGAAGGCACAUGAACUAGUUUUCCAGCAUUUAUUACAAUGAAUCCAUUUCACUUGCUGACAAGAUGUGGCUUUCUGAGGUUUGUAUAUAUAUAUCUCACCGCUGUUAUCAGAAGAAAAUUGACACUUUUACUGUUUUAUUGAUGACUGGUCAAAGUGAAUUUUGAUUAUUUUUCUGUAAGUUAAUGCAGUCGAUUGUUCAUUAUGAUGGGAUUUACUGUAUACAACUGUUGGUAAUGAAAAAGCCCCCCAGAAAAUGUUCUUUUGGUUUUAAAAUAAUACUCCACAAAUAGCUUUUUGGUGGAGUACACCUCAAAAAUAAGUGUUGUGGUUGAAAUAUUUCACUAGCUACCCAUUUCAUUGUAUUAAAAGCACAGCGCAGAUGCGUAAUUCUGCUUCAGUGAAUUGUAUCCCAUGAAUUGUUUGUGGAGAAGUUUAAAUCCAAUGAGGCGAUUUAAAAUGCAGAACUGAUGGAGAUUCAUGAAUUAUAUCAGCAGUACUACGGUAUUCUUUCCUUUUAAUUAACUAUUGUCAGUAACCUGGCCAUAAGUGUCCUUGUAUAAGCUAGAGAAAAAAAUGUUUUGUGUAAAAAGAUCUGAAUUAUUGAAUUUUUUGAUAAAAACUAUUUUUGAAACAUGUCAUUUAAGGCACUGAUAUGUACAGUAUAUCAUAUGCAGUCACUAUUGCUACCCUCAUUUAUCUCUGUACAAGUCGUUUGUGUCAAGAUCUUUCAAUUUGCCGACGGGAAUCUCCCUCUUUGACUUUGGCGUUUUCACACUUUUUGAAGAACUUGACGAGGAAGCGCCGCCGCUUCACUGUAAGGUUGAUCUUAAGUUAGACAGUAAGGUUUAUUUGCAUGGUCUCUAACUUGUCGGGUCGAGUGAACUUGUUUUAUGAAUAAUGUGCAGCUUUAAUUGUAGCUGAUUAAUUUCAGUCAAGUAACCCAUAUGAUUAGAUUUUUUGCAAUAUAUUAUGAUUUGUAAACAAUCUGAUUAAAUUGUUGUUUUGAUUGUUGUGUGUCAUGUCCUUAUAAAUAAAAUAAUUCACAGUA